AAGCAAUUGAAGUUUGGGUUGCUUUUGUUUGUGUUUUGUGGGCGUCCGUCAACGCAUGCCCAACGUUGUCGAGUGUGCGGACUUCCCCCCUGCUCCCCUUCUUCCUCACUCUCCUUCAGCUCCUCCUCAAGUGCGCAUUUGUAGCUGUCGUCUUGGGCUUGUCAUUUGCCAAUUGGCAUUUAUGUUUUGUAAAUUGAUAUUUCCGUAGGGUGCAGUUGUGCAGCGAACGCUAUAAACUUGAUGCAUUCUAAAAACAAUUUUACUAAUUUGCUCCACUUCUUCACGCUAUCUCUUCAACAAGGUAACUAAACUGGUUUCUAUGACGCGUCUCGUAUUGUGAAUUUAUUUUUUUAUUGCGGUUAUCUCAAUCAGUUUAUAAAGUGCCACGCCUGCUAAUUGUCUGGCUUGGAUUGCAGAUGCGGAGGUCUCGCUGGCUAGCCGGCUUUAUUAAUUUAAGGCAAUUAAUUCGAAGCUGUUAAGUGGCCAAAAACAAUUUGCAGCUCGUUAAAGAGGCAGGCAGCAAUGGGUUAAGUGGCGCAACGCUUCCACUCUUUCCAUUUCCCAGCAGCUACGUGCUUAAUUGAAAGUUCAAUGGAUUUGAACAGCGGCACAGCUUCACAAGAAGUGCUUUCCCAUUCCCUUCUUUCUCUCUGCCAGUGAUUCUCAAAAGAUCUCUCAUCUCUCAAGUGCAUUUCAAAUGAAUCUCGUUUCGUUUCGCGCAGCUGCAAGUUGUAGAAGUAUUAAACUGCAUUUCCAUUCUCUUGCUAUUCUUGUAUCUUUUGGCAAAAAGGCAAAGAAAAGAUACUUCAUCAUUUGUGAUUUUCAGAUUUCCAGACGAUCCCAAAAAUGAAUUUAAUCACUCGCCUUCACUUCAGUCGCGUCCCAGUCUGUUGUCUAGACACAAGUCGAGUUUUUGGCUGACCAUGCAAACUAUGCAACUGCGAGUCAGUUUAACUCGACACUCAUUUAUCAGGCAACCCUUGUCUGGGCCCUUGGAGUAUCGUAAACAUUUGAUGGCUUGAAACUGUUUACUUCUUGUCAACUAAUUUAGCAACUUGCUCAACUUUAAACAGGGUCAGCAAAGAGCAGACUAAUGUUCACUUUGAGUUGCUUAAUCAUUUAUUGAAAUUGCACUUGGCUAUUUAUAAAAGAAAGUGUGCAAAGCUUCUUAAGAGAGUGCUCAAACUUCUAUUCAUAUCUGCCACUUAAUUAAGACCAUUUAAUGUUUAUUCUGCUGCCAUCUUCGGUUGACUAAAUUUACGCUGCACUUGCAGUAAAAUCAAACACAUUACCUGAGUAGCCAACAGAUUAAGAUUAGAAGAAGAUUAGUCAAGGAUAAUGAAUAUGAAACCUGAUUUAAUCUUUUUCUGGUUUAGCAUUGCUAUCUUAAUCCUUGGCCCAAGAGUUUUACUCGAAUCUAAACUUAAGCCAUACAUAACUCUGCAGCUUAACUAAAUGCUUAAAUGUUUAAUCCGAGUACUGAAAUCCUCGGAUUUUAUGGCGCCUUAAAACUCUAAUCACUUCAACGGGUUCUUAAGGUCUUUAACUGAAUAACCGAAGGAAUUCCUUAAUAUACUAUGCUAUUAUUAUUCUUAAAAUAGAAUAGUCAAACUUUAGCAAUUUGAAUUAUCUUUUCCUUAGCCUCUAAAUGGCUGAUAGAGCUGAAAACAAUCUCGGAAUUAGCUUCCGCAAUUGCGCUUCUACAUAUCUAUUUCAUGAUUAACUACAUGAAUGAUUAAAGCAACAUAAUCUUAUCAAUUCACAAUGAAAGUAUCAAGUUAUUCAGUCAGCUUUAUAUAUAGACUACCAAGUUGUAAUUCAGCACAGACGAUAACUCAGCAGUGUGUAACUAUCUCAAACAUAAAUCUACUCGAUGAGACAUUGAUUUGUAGUCGCAUUUUAUUGUCAGCUGCUGUCAGCUUAAGGCAAAUGUGCAAAUUGUCUUAUGCAAAGCAAGCAGCGACAUAUUGAUUUAGUUCAACUAGGAACUCAUCAGUCAUGGCGGUCGCUAUCAUAAACGAGCUGACAGAUGUCAGCCGAGUGUCAAAGGCGAAACCCAGGAAAUGAUUUCGUUGUGGGUUUUAUGGCCCAACCUGCGAAGAGGUGACGAAAUGGACAAGCGAUGCACGAGAAGCUAUAAAAGCCGCGUUCAUCUCUCUGGAGACCUGACGCCGAUUCUGACCUGAGCACGUAUGUCCAGUGGCCCGUUUUUGGGAAAUGCCAAAAUUAAAAAGCAAUCAAGGAAUUUCCCAGGCAGGCAACCUAAUUACCAGGUUUGCACUUAACGCGAAAACGUCGAAGGGACUUCGACCAAAAGGGGGUGGCAAGUGUCGCCUACCUGCCAGGUAGUUCGGACAUAUCCUUCGCUGUCGGUUACCUGAAAGGACUCAAGUGCUAUAUAAACACCGUCGAGGAUGAGAGCAGACAUCAGUUGCACAGCAACCAGUGAAGCAAACACACCUCGAGUAUCUCUACCGCAUUUGUGAAACAUCCCAGUUAAAAGCUAAUACCAAAAUGGCCAGCUACACUUGCACACAGUUCGUCGACUUCAUUGAGCCCAGCUGCUUCGGCACAACAACCACGACUUUUACCCUCGAUGCUGGCCGCUUUGUCAAGCGUGAUCUGCACCUAUUCAUGGAGUCCAUCGAGACGAUUUCCCGCAUUGAACGGGAGCGUCAUGAGCGCCGCCAACAGCGACGAGAGCGCAAGGUGCAACAGGCUCGCAUUGCCGAGCUGGAGAGUGAUCGUUGUGUGAGUCCCACACCCAGUGCUGAGGAGGCUGUGGACGAACCCUUGAUGUACAUGGAGGCCAAGUGCAUUCCCUAUGCCAUCAGCGAUGCUCUUCCCAUAGAUCGCAAGACUCCCUCAGAGUACGACAUCUGCGACGAUGAAGCCUAUGGCAGCAGCUCGAAUCAAUCGCCAAGGAGCAGCGUUACCUAUUGCAGUUGUGCCGGUGUCUCUAGCACUGGACUCGACUCGGACUCGGCUGAAUCUGGAGUCUAUGCUGGCUCGCCUUUGCCUCCGGUGCGUCCUCGUUCGCAGGUCAUCAGCAAGCCGAAGAAUCGCAGCACUCGCUCUCGCAUCAUAAGCAUGGUUCUCAAGCGGGAAUAUGCUAAGGCGCCCUCGACAGAUGAAUUAGAGAAACCCGAACGUUGCAAUCAUUUGCUUGAAAGCACCAUGAAGCAAAAGUAUGAUCAGCUGACCAGCAAAUCUCGUCGUGGCAUCGCCUGUGGCCAGGGAUCACCCGAGGAAUGCUUCCUCGACAGAGCCCUGCGCUACCUUACCUUGUGAUGAGCACAACUCCAAGUGUCAGCAGCUUUAACAUUUAUCUUCCUAAGAGCAAACUUGUAAUCCUUAUCAUACUAUUCAUAACCAUUAUCAUACUAAUCAUAAUCAUAAUAUUUUCAUCAUGUAGA